AUGGCAAAUGAAAAAAAAACAGUAAGUAAAGAAAAAAAAGGCUUAAACCGCUGAUAUUGCUGGUGUUAUAUUUUUUAAGGAGAGAAGUUGGAAUGGAGCGUAUAUGGGGUAAUUUAAUCUGUAAUCAAGAUAAUACGAAACGUUACGUCUGUAAUGAAAAAUGGUCCUAAUUAAGUAUUUAUUAGUCGCAUAAAAAUUAUUCCGAAAAUUGCCAGUGUUUUCAUUUUAUUAAGAAAAUAAGAAAAUUACCUCCUUAAUGCACCUACUAUAACCAAAAUGCUAUAAACAAUUUAGUUAUUUGAUUUGAUCAAAAUUUCCGUGAGAAAAGUUGUUAACAGACAGAAACAAAAUCAAUUUUUUAGAAGUAUGCAUUUUAAAAUAGUUUAAUGAAUUACGUUUUUUCAAGUGCCUAUAUAACUCACUAUACCUAACCUAUAUCUAAUUAAGAAUCGUUUGAAAAAAUUGUAAUCUAAAAUACUUUCUAGCAACUAUUAUUGUUGCACACAAUUUAUUUACAUAACAUAAGAAUAUUUUUUAAUCUAUUCUCUAAAACUGAAUAUUAUUCUUACCUAGCAAUGUAUUUUAUUUUAAUAUCUAAUUCACAUUUUCGUGGUCAUAGGUACAAAUCCAUAUGUCAAACUUGUUUAGGUCUUUUCCUUAUUUAUUAAUAUUUUGUAAUGAUGUUUUAAUGUAUCACCUACUAAGUUAAAACCUCAAAUACCUAAAUUAAUAUAUUACUAUAUUACAUUGAAAAAAGAAUCUUAAAAUAGUCUUCAUUGGAUUAUUUUAAACCGAGAAAGUUGUUUCUCUGGGUAAGCGAUUUCGUCCUUCAAAUAUAAUUUGGUAUUAUCAAACGGUAAAAUCGAAUUCUUGUAAAACUUAAACGCCAAGGUAGUAGGUUACCUGUUCGUUUCAUAAAAUAUUCAGACUGUUGUCUUUAUAGUUACCUAGGUUAAGUUAUAUUUUAUAGGCUAAGUAAUAUUAGUUGAAUUUCAAUAUUAUGUAUAUCAGUAGUAUAAAGUAUAUAUUAUGAUUCAAUUGUUUAACUUCAUAAAUUCAUUGGGAAUAAUACAAUAAUUUGUCCUUAUUAACCCUCGUACUAGCCCUCGUAUUAACCCUAGUAUUUGAAUUCAAAUUAAUAUUUCAACGAAUCAAAAAUAAUAAUAAUAUUCGACAAUAUUCGUGUAUUAUAUAAAUAUAAUAUAUAUAUAUAUAAGUAUUGAUAAAGUGAUAAAUAUAUUAGAUACACACUAUUAUUACCUACGGAGUGAGUAGAUUCUUAUUACUAAAGGUAUUUUUUUUUUUUAAUAUUCAAAUUUUAACUGUUUCCUUUUUAUCAAAAACAUUGAGACAAGUUUUAGUAAAUACUUAUAACACCAAAAAUUUAACAUCUAAUAGAGAUUGUCUUACGUCAUUUCAUUAUUUUUCUUGCGUUUGAGUUAUAAGUACGUACCUAUAUAAUAUUUAUGAUGUAAUAAAAAAACAAAUAUUUAUGGUAAAUUAUAUUUGAAUAUCUACGUUUUCUUAAAUUUCCUUAAUUAAGAAGACGUGAUACCCGCAUGUGAUAUAUCCAUCUUACGAAAUAGCUAAUUUUCAUUCAGCAGGGACAAAUUUAUGAUGUUGUCUUAUUAUUAAACUUAAAGACAAGACAUAGUUAACGAUAUUUUUUUUCGGUAUUUUAAUUUUAAAGUGAGAUAUAUCUAAGAUAUUAGAUAUUAGAUAGGUACCUAAGCAUCAUUGAAUUGUGAUAUUACAGAUACUCAUAUCUCUAUUAAAAAUUAAAAUAUCCAACAAAUAGCGGAAACGUUGCACAGAUAAUGUUCUUAUUUUUAAAUUUGAUAACGAGUCAAUAGAUUAAUUUAUUCACUCUCAUAUUAAAACUAACAGCACAACGGUGACCCAGUUGAACGCAAAUUAGCUAUGUGAUACGUUUGUAAGACAGAGACAGCACAUACGGGUAUAAUCAUUCCGUAUUUAUUGUAUUGGUUGAUGACUGAUUUUAACUGAUUAUAUUUUGUCUACUUCAAUAAUUUACCUACUUCAACGAAAUUCCUUUGUGGUUAUAGAUUUAUAUUAAUACUAUACAAUUUAUGAACAGGUAGUUGUAUAUAAUUUAUGAAUAAAUAAUAUCCGACAAAUAUAAUAUAUUUUCGCAAUUAAAAAAAUAUAAUAUGCUCCGAAAAAUAUUUCGUUUUAACAUAAAUUGUCUGAAUAUAGACAAAUAGGUUAUAUAUAUGUUUUACCAAUUGGUAUAUUUUAUCUAUACUUUACAAUGAAAAAAAAAAAUGAUCACAUAGGUACACUUAAAUAAUCCAUAAAAUGAAUAGUGUCCAUACCAAUUCAACCCGUCUAAAAUAAAUGAUUUAUGUACUUAUAAAAAGAAAUAAUAUGUACAUAAUAUAUAGUUUAAAAUCGUGCAGUUAUAAUAAAUGGAAACAAAAAAACAAACUACGCCUUACACCUUGAACGUUAUACAAAAACACGUUCAUUGUAAUAAUUGCAAUGCUAAUAAUCAUAUCAUGUUUUUUUAUUUUAUAAUUAUCAUACUAUUUUUGUUUAAAAAAUGAAGAAAAAGACUUAUGCUGUUAUUGGGAGAAAAAUCUUAAAAAAAAUCGCAAAUAAAGUGAUACUCAACGAUGUGGAUAUUACAAUUGAAAAACAAUCAAUGCAAGUAUUGAAUUAGUCAUUGCGUAUACUUAAUAAAGACAUAUAGUUUAAAACAAUUUUAUUUAUUUAUUUAAUUUUUCACGAAUAAAAUGCAUAUCUUCCAUCUCAGAUUUUUAUUUUUCAUUCUGAUAACAAAAAAUAUCAGGAAGUGUAUUGAACGGCCUUAUAAAAAAAAAAAAAAAAAACUGUAAAAAAACUCCAGUAUGGCACCUGUCCUUCCCAUAUUUGAUUUCCUAAACCAUCAACACUGCUGCAGGCAUACACUAUACGCUACAACGAAUAUUAUCCUUCAGACACAAAUAAAUCCCGUUACUUGAUAAUUUUUUGUAUUGUCUUUAUCGGCAUUAUACUAAUUUACAAUCGCUAUAGAUUUAAAUAUAUAUGAUAAUCGAUAACUCAAUAAACUCAUUAUAUAAAAUCAAAAUGUUUUGAAAUAAAUAAUCUAAUAAAAUAUUAUAUUUUUAUAUUUUUAAUAGGUGGUUUUCACAAAAAAUUGUUGGAUAUUUACACAAUUGUAUUAACCAAUAGUUAGUUGAAAAAAAAAUAUGACUAUUUUAAUCUAGUGUAUAAAUGGGCGUUUCCUUUUAAAAACUUGUAAGUUUAACUGCACAUAGUUGAAAUUUAUCCCAAAAUGUGUUUUAGUACUCCCUAUAGCUAUUAUCUCUCUCUAUAUGAUCAUGUUCCAAAAAUCGAAUUGAAAUCUAAGACCUUCUGGCCGGAAUUUUUAAUUUAGAAAAAUAAUCAUACUGUAUAAUAUAUUCUGUGUGUGUGUGUUUUUACAUAUAAUCCCGCAGAUAUGCAGUAUUGGGUGAAAACGAAACUGGGAAGUCAGUAUUGCUGAAAUGUUUGAUGGGUAUUUCGGAAUUAGAUGGAGGUGAAGUGAGGAUAUUGGACAAUGCUGAAGGGUUCGUCGGCAGCACCAGUAGCAUAAACAGUAGCAAUAUUAAUGGCAGUAACAAUAUCAGUGCCAAUAGUAUCUGCAAUAUCAGUGGUGGCGGUUGUAAUGGUACCGUUACGCACGCGGACCGUCCUAACAUCGGGUUUGCCCCACAGGUGUGUACUGUGUAAUCAUUACGAGUCCAACUACUUAAAUUAACACGAGUAUUGACUGUUGAGUCAAUACUGAGUCAGUAGUUUAGUCAGUUGCUCUCUAUAUUCUCUAUAUUUUAUCUUAUUUAUGUGACUAAUUACCGCAGAAUUUUGACAUUCCGGGAACGAUGCAUAUUUACCAGCUGUUGAACUUUGUUAGUACUGUCAACGGACUUCUUAAAGACCAAACUAUACGGCGGUACAAAGCCAUGGCGAUAAUGACCGGGUUACCGGAAUCCGACCACUUGGUCAGUCGAUUAGGGUUCGUUUUAUAAAAUCUGUAAAUAUACAUAUAUAAUAAAUUAUUUAAGUUUCAUAUACUAUAAUAUACUCGUAUUGCAUAAUCAUAUAUUUCUGACGCCAAAUUUAUACACUCAUUCCUACAUAUUUUGUUCUAUUAAUCAAACUUUCGAAGAAGUAUGUGUGCAGAUUUAGCUUAAAAUAUAUAUAUAUAUAUAUAUAUAUAUAUACAUAUAUCAAUAUAAUAUGUAACCAACAUUUAACAGUCAAACUCUAAGAAUGAAUAUUGAAAUAUUUUGCAUUAAUUUUAUACUUUGUUAUAUUGAAAACUUUGAAGAAUAAAAAAUAGAUACUUCUAAGAUUUACUGAAUUUUUCAUGUCAUGAUAAAACUGAUUCCAGCAAAGUAUUUUUAGAUUUUUAUUUAAAUGAAUCACGUCGUAUACUUAUACAUUUUCUAAAAUACAUUAAUGAACACAUAGAUUUUCGUUCUAAAAAUACCAAAACCCUUCGGUAGCUUUAACAAACUUUUAAGUGUUGAAUUUCGAAAAUCCGACUUCAAGGUUCCAAUGUAUCCGUUCAUCCGCCUCUAUGAGUAAACUAUUAGACCAUAGAAUGCGAUAAAUUUGGUUAUAGAUUAAAUUGUACACAAAUACACACACACACACAACAUUCUUUGCACGAUGGGUGGCCCUCUGAUCUAAGAAUCUAAAUCGGGAAGGUAGAAUAUAGAGGGAAAUUGAAUUUACAUUUGUACGCAACAAUAAACCAUUGCUAAUGAAAAAUAAUUCGGAACGAAGUUUUUUUUAUUAUAAAUGUACCUUAAUUUUCCCGUUUUUCCCAAUUAUUAUGAAAACGACUUAGAAAAUCAAAAAAAGACCAACCUAAAGUAUAAUCCAGAUACAAUUUCCUUUCAGAAAAGGCACUUCACAUUAAAGUUGGAACAAAAUUUCUGGUAAAAAAGUUGUUCACCAAUAAAAAAAAUAAUAAAAAAAUUGGUAAUAAUAAACAGCAUUGUAAAACUAAUACAUUCCUCGAUACAGUCUAAAUCUAAAAAGUUGUGUUUAUUUUAAUAAUAUAAUUGUGUUUUAAAGAUAUUGCCAGAAAAAAGCGUUAUCACUUUUAUUGGCAAUUAUACACGAACCGGAAUUAAUCAUUUUAGACGACAUUACCAGUGGAGUGGACACUACAACAAUGAAAAAGUAGGUUAACCUUUUUCAUUAUUUAAUACUGUCAUGUUAAAUAAGUUUUUAUUUUUGAUUACUAUAUGUACGUAUCCGAAUUACGACUAUUACGUCUAUAAUAUAUUGCUAAAACUGUAUUAAUAUCAAAAAUAUAGUUUAGCAUAUUAUGUAGGUACAUAAUACCUACCUAUUCCAUAACAGUUCGUUUUUCACACGGUUAUUAUAUUUUGAUGUAUUUUUAAUUUUUCCAUUUACCUACUAACUAUAAACACAAUGUUUGACGCCGUGAGACUUCUAUUUAAAAUGUUAGUACUCAGUAGCCAAUAGGUAUACCAAAUAUUAAUCAUAAAUAAAAAAAAAUUUAGGAAACCUAGGGCGAAGAACAUAUUAAUUUUAAAACUUUAAAACGAAAAAUUGUAUUUAGUUUUCAUAAACUACUUAAAUGAAAUUUAAUUUUUGUAUAAAUCCUUUGAAAUAGGUAAAUUAUAUUUUAUAUAAGCAGUUAAUAAUGUACUCUGCAUUUUAGGUAAUUCGAACGAUUACGUUAUGUUCUUUCAAACAAAACUGGUUAUACUUACCUAAUUGAGCAAUAUUAUUAAUAUUAAUAUCGUUUUUAGAAGGUAGGUAGCCGGUUACUGGUUUGAAUCAUAGUAUGCGUAUACCUCCUAUGUGUUAAUCUUGCCUGAACGUGGAUAUUCCAUCAGUGCGUAUUGGACAUUAUAAUUUAUUAGUCCAAGGCCAUGUAUAGUUUUGUUAUAAAUAUUAUAGUAUAAAGCGUUAGUAGUGUAGUACCCAUUUGAAGUAUUAAACAAAUAAUAAUAAAUCUGUAUAUCCACAUAAUUUGUCAUAAUCGAGGAAUAAACAAAAUGUGCUAUUAAUAUUUAAAACUAUGAUCCGGAACUUAAAAUCGACAAAAAGUGCUUAAAAGAAACAUAAAUCUUUAUAAUGUUUUCUCAUUGUUAUUUAAUUUUUUUUACAGUAUUUGGACACUUUUAUCGUGGAUUAACCAGACCACAGAAUGUACGAUAAUCGUAUCGGCUUCCAAUAAUUUUUGCUUUAUGGAAACAGUAAUUACGCAUGUAAUAUUAUGGAAUUGACUCUAUAAUUUAUAUCUAUAGUGAAACCUCUAUUAAUGGACAUUCAAUAAUAGACCAUUCCCAAUAGUGAACACUUUUAAAUUUCCCGGCAAAAAUGUAUGUACAUAAUAGGAGUUAUAACCUCUUAAUAAUGGACACUGGACACUACUAAUAGUGGACGUUAACACUAAAAACUGGUACCAAAAUUAAAAAUUACCUCACAUAAAUGGACACAAUACAUGUACAUAUCGAAAAUGUUUAAGUAAUAAAAAUACUAUAUUAAUCUUUUAUACGUCCCCCUAUAGUGGACUUUUAGUAAUUUCUCGCAAAUUUCCACUAUGUAGAGAUUUUCCCAAUAGUGGACAGUUUUUUAUUCCUCAUGGAUGUCCACUAUAUAGAGGUUUUACUGUAACAGUAUUAUUACCUACAAAAACUAGGCUGGAAUAUUGAUGAACGGCAGAAUCGUAAAAGAAGACACUGCGAAUAAUCUUUUAGAAAAAUACGAAGCGUCGAGCAUAGGAGAUUUGCUAAUAGAAGUGAUUUUCACCGAAGACCAUCAGAUGAGGGAUCCUGUCAGUACCUAUAUUAUGAUAUUGUUAGUAAAACGUAAAUCAUUAAAAAAAUAACGUCGUUUAUUUAAAGUCUGUGAGAACCGGGAGAUUGCCCAGCAUUAAAAGUCCUAUUAUACAUAACGAACAUACGUCACUGCAGCAGCUGAACUCUAUAUACACUACAGUAAAUAAUAAUUUAUUAAUUUUAAUUAGAAAACAUGAGAAGAAAACAAUAAGAAUAUUGGUACUUUGGCAAUUAUUAUACGUUGAUGACUUGCAGUAUUUAUAUAUAUAUAUAUAUUUUUUUAAAUUGUAUUUAUAAGUAUUAUAAUUAUAUUUAUAAUUCAAACUAAAACAGUUUAUACUAGUGGCAGAUUUAGUUCUUUGCCAAGAAAGGGCCAAUAUUUUUUAAUAUAUAUACAUAACACACGUCCAUGUAUAAUUAGAACAAAGUAUUUACGCGUAAAUUUAUACAAAAUAUCUAGGGUAUGGCUCCUAUACCCCCCCCCCUAAAUUCCGCCUCUGAUUUAUACAAUUGCAAAAUAAAAUGUUUAAGUACCUGAUGAUUUUAUAAGAACAAAUAAAUAAAGAAAGACGGACAUACUUCGCACGAUGGACGGGCCACUGUUGUAGGUGAGAAGUUGAGAAGUUAGCAAUUAAUCAUUGCUAAUUAAAAAAAAAAAUCUGAGCUGUAUUAUCAAUUAUAGGUUAUAGGCAGUAAUAUUUAAGAUUUUCAUCAAAAUUUGAUAUUAAAAUUCUUAUGAAAAAAAAAAAUACUACAUUAAACUCAAUGUUUUUCACCAAAAAGUACGACUUUUAAUAAUCCCCUAUUAAAUGUUCAUAGAUUUCAGUUUAGUCUAACAAUUUUAUCUUCAGAGUACCUAUACCGAAUAAAUAUUACAUAAACAAAUUCGCAAAAUUAAAAUGUCUAUAAAAGCUCAAAAAUGGCUCAAAUGUUUUGAACAUUUUACCACGUGUAUAAAAAGCAAAUAUAAGGUUACUGUCUAAAUUAAUGGUGGGCAAACUUUUUUAAUGAGGGGCCACAAAGUUUAAGAAAUUUUAGAGGAGGGCCAGAAUUAUAGAAAAAAUGCAUUUUGUAUUAAUUCUUUGAAUCAUAAUAUUAUAAAAACAUUACAGCAUUACACACAAAUGUUAUAAAUUACCUUUUACCUUAAAUAAUAAUAAAUUUAAUAAUAAAUUAAUAAACUUUUAUUUGGAGGCUCAACCAUGGUAGGCAUAUGAGACACAUGGAAUUGUUUUUGAUUUUCCAUAAUAUUUUCGAAAGCAGUUUCCAGCUGUGACAAAGUAACUUUCAGCAGUGCAAAAAAGGUGUUCAUCAGUCAAUCGGUUUCUGACUGAGUUUUUCCGCAAUUUCAUGAUCGAAAAAGUCUGUUCGCACACAUAAGACAACGCAAACAUCGCCAUAAUUUUCUGGGCGUGAGCAAUUAUCUUUGGGAAUUCAGCUUUCUGCAGUGCUCUAUAAAAAUCUAGUUUUGUGGAAUUCAAGAACAAUUACUUUUUUUAAAUUUAAAUUUUUUAAUUUAAAUUACUUUAAAUGGGUACUGCACUGCAUUUCAAUAAUUUCCAACUGCAAUUCUGCAGAUACAUUUUCCGGAUCUACAUUAAACGGCAUCGAGAAAACAUCUAGCGAUGAUUGAAUGUUCUUAAAAUCUUGAAACCUAGUUUGAAAUUCUGUGUGAAGUUUUUUCAACGCCUGACUGAAUUCUUUUAGCUUGUUUUAAUUUAGAUUCUAAAUUUUAAGUCUCUACGAACAUUUUAAACUGAAUUACAACAAAACAAAAAACAAAAUUUAAAAUUAUAAAAUCAUUAUUUUCGUAAAUUUUACCGUUUUCCUACGUUUUUAACAGUUUUUCUCAUUUAUUAUGAAAACCCCUGGGAAAUCCAAAAAAUGUUCUUAAAGUACCUCCCUAGUCAAAUUUACUUUCAAAAAAGGUGCUGUACUUAAUACUUCGGAGCAAGAUUUUUGGUAGAAUUUUUGUACACAAUAUAAAACAAAAUAAUAAUAAUAAUAAAGGUCAUUGUAAAACCAAUUCAUUCCUCGUCCCGCUCAGAUUCUAAAACAUUGCGUUUUGUAAACACCCGACAAAAACAAAUUGAGUGUUAUUGUGAAAUAUUAAAGAAAUUAAAUGGUGGAUCGUAUUCAGAAAAUUAACAUAUAUGAUAAAUAAAAUAAUUGAAUACAUUUUUAUGAAAUUAAUGUGAUUAUAAUAAAUAUAUUAGGUACCUAAUACACUGAUUAAUUUGUUGGUUUUUAGCAAAACGAAGCCCAGCGAAAACGAGAAAGCCUACUAAAAUGGUUCGUCGUUUUACAGGCGCUGAUAAUGAAAAAUAUUUGGACUUUAAUCGGAAUCAAUUCGUAAGCGUUUUUCCAUGUUUUCAUAGAUCAAAUAAUAUUAUUUUAUUAGUUUCCUUAGUUAUAGGUGACGUAAUGGUUAUCUUAUCAUCUCGACUUCGACACACUCUAAAAGCAUUUUGUUCGAUCAUAUAUAUUAUUUUUGAUUGGGCGAUUUUAUAUAGCUUGUAAAAUUGUAUAAUUAUACAAUCACAGGGUUGGGCUAAGAGAUUUCCAUAUAUACAUACAGAUCCAAUAUAUAGGUGCAAUGUUACAUAUAAUAUUAUAUUAUUAAUAUGGCUGGUAGACAGAUUAGGUACCCAUAGCCAUGUUUAAGGUGGUUUAAUAAUAUAUUAAUCAUAUAUUAUUAUACCUACUCGAUAUUAUGUUAUGAAACAAAAUUUGAAUUCCUCCCGAAUCGACCGAACUGCAGAUCGUGCGACAACAACUGUAGUCCUUUUUCGUUGUUCCAACCUAUUAUUGUGUGACACUCGCUGUGUGCGAUCAUUUUCAAACUUAGAACAAUAGCAACUCGUCGCAAUAAGGACAACUACAGCAAAGCGUAAUAAUACUAAUAAUAUUUUAUAUUCUUUCUAUAUUUCGACGUUAUUUUUGGCGGUCAUAUUUAACGUUAUUUUAUUGCUUCGAGCUUUCGCUUUCACAUAGAUUUUAUAUUGUAUUAAUAUAAUUUAAAAUAUACUUUUUUAAUUCAUGAUUAUACUACAUUAACAUAUUAUACAAAUACCUGUAUUCUGGUAUAACACUUUACCCACAUUCCAAUUUACAUGUUGGGAGAUAGGAGUGAUUACUCAAUACUCAAUACUCGUGUAUAAUAUGUAAAGUAGGAAUUAUAAAGGUUUUGAUUUUAUUUUUAUUUUUUAAUCAUGCGUGACCUCUUAGCUCGCAUAUAAGAUGAAUAUUCUAUAACCUAAUACUUAAUAUUUAAAAUAUAAAUUACAUAUAUUUUAUCGCAUGCUAUCUGUACACAAUUUACAACGCUACGAUAUUUAUUUUGGUAAUAAUUAAAUGCGGGUGCAUAACUAACAUAUAUUUGAAAAUGGGCUGAAUGGGCUACCGUGUAGUCAAUGGUUUUCCCAGCGGGUAAGCCUGAUUGGCCUGAUUUUAUUUAACUCAUAAAUAAUAAUAAGUAAAUAAGUUUAUAUUUUUUAAAAUCUUAAUUUCAUUUUCAAAGAGGCGUCAUUUAUUAAUAUGAUAAGACGAACAAGUUAAAUACAACGUAAGUAAUAUCGAGCUAUUUUUGUUUAUCCCUUUGCUAUCCAGACGUUUUUUCUACGACAAAAAGAAUCAAAAAAUAUUUACAGAUAUCUAUGACUUCUACACGACUUCACAAUAUAUUUUAGCGUUAAUAUCAAUAAAAAAGGUGAUCAGUUCAGAGUUAGUUCAAGAACCAACAGAUUAUUAAUUAAUUUUUUAUAAAUUAAAAAAAUGAAAACUUCAAUUUACCAAAUAAAUUUUGUAAAUUCUAAAUAGUUAUAUAAUAAUUAGUAUUUUUGAAUGACCAAGUAAAUCAAAUCAAUGUAUUAAUUUUAGUUUUAAAUUAAACAAAUAAACUAAAAAUGGCCAUAAAAAAAUACCACUAAAAUUGCAAAAUGGGAUUUUAGCAAAAUAGGAUUAAUUAUUCGAUUCUUAUAAAACUGGAUUUUGGUCAGUGAACCGAACCUGUUCUAAAUUUUUAUACUGAACACGCCUCUGCGUGUAGGUUAGGUAUCUUUUUAAGUAACUAAUUUGUUUUUAAGAUAUUGCCUGGCAUUUAAAUUCAACAGAAAAACUCAAUUAAAUUAAACUUUUAAAUUUAAAAAUAUGAACUUAUUGCAAUUCUUAUAGGUAUCUAUGUAAUUUAGAAAAAUAUUAUAAUUGCCUAUACGCGUUUACAUUUCAACUUGGCAUCACAUUAUCGUGAUACGCGCGCUUAUAGCCUUUGUGGUCGGUUUGUUUAACCUACAGAUUCUUAUAUUAUUUACAUGUAAAAAAAAUAUUGUUGUUGCUCUCUGCUCUCGGGUUCACUACGCGUUAUUAUUACCGUGCCCUUCAUAUAAUGUUUUAUCAUUACAGAUUUUUUUCGGGGGGCGUUUUUUUUUAAAUUUUUUACAGGAUAUCUCUUUUCGUGUGUGCGUACGCGGUGUUGUUACCUUUAGCCGUGCAUAUGGCGUUCACGGCAAAUUCCCAACGCGCAGUACGCAUAGCGGUGCACAGUCAAGAAACGAGCGUGACGUACAACACGUCCGACGAGUUGGGCGACUGCGAUAAGUACCGGCCCGCUGAAACGAUGAGCUACACGUUCACUAGACAAUAUUUGGCCAAGUCGUUUCAACUGGUCUGUAAAUUAUCUCAUAUUUUUUACUUAUUAUUAUGUUACUAUAAUUAUACAUGAUUGCACUGUACAUGGUGUGUAAUAAAGAUAGCUAUAUAUAGGUACCUAUGUAUACGUAUAAUGGAACGAAAUAUUAAGCAAUAAAAGUAUAGUUAUAUUUUGGUAUACGUUGCACUUUUUGUAGAUAUAUUUAUAUUCGAAUUAAAUAUGACUCAAGAAUCAAAUGCGGAAAGUAUACGAAGUAACCGACUCGUUCAAUUUUAAUUUUUAUAAAUAUAAUAGGUAAUAAGUAUAAUGUAUACAUUAUUAUAAACAUUGAAGGUCAAGGGGCUGGAUAAAUCCCCUCGCCUCAUUUAACCAGUCCUGAAAUAAAGGUAGAUUAAUAAUAAUCGUCUUCUUUUUUAUGUUGUCUUACAACUCUGUAAGAGUUUUAACUCCACAGUUGCCGAUAGUAACGAUCCUGGAUUUUUUCCUUCCAUUCCGUUUCCUCUAGACUCUCCAGUUCGUGGCGCGUUCCGUCUAUCCAUCGUUUUUUUGGCCUCUUCUUCUUGUUAGUUUGUACUCAAUUGACGCCCUAGCUCCAUAUCAUUCUUCCCUUUUUCCUUUGUGAACAAGGCACUGAAUUCUUUGUCCCUUCGCGUAGCUUGUUAUACAAGGUACUUGGGUGAUUUCCUUUAUUUCCACGUUUUUCCUUUUUUGCCAUCCAUUUAUUGCGUUGUAAAACACUGGGUAACACAUUUUUCUUUAAUAGUUUAUUUUUAAAACUUCUAAUUUUCCGUUCAGUUUGCACUGUCAUUGACCAAAUUUCACAACCAUAAGUUAAUAUAUGAUCUUAAAAUAGUUAUGUAUAGGCGUAUUUUUGUACCACUAGAGAAUAGUUCUCACUUGAAAUAUUAAAAAGAUUAAUAAUAAUAAUAUUUACUAAUUUUAUCGAGAGAUUUUGACAAAUCGAGUUAACUUUGCAUUCAAAAAUCUUGAAAAAUUGGUUUUAGAAUUUAUUAAAGCUACAGAUUACAAAACAUAAUCAUUAAACAAGUAUGUAACUAAUUAAUAUUGAACUCUUCUUGCUCUUAAUAUUUCUCUUGAUUUUACUAUUUCAUUGACGUCUACAAAUAAAUGAUGUAGCAUUCUGCUAUAAGUCUAACUUUAUAGAUACCUACUAUAUAUAUUAUAUAUAUUAGGGUAGCCCUUAUAUGAUGGUUUUUAAAAAAUAUAUAUUUCUCAGUUUACACCACAUAGGUUGAUUCAGUAAGACAUAAAAAUUAAAUAUUAGAAGUCUCAAAACAAUCGGAAAAAGUUAGACCGUGUCAUAAGUAAGUGCCCAAAGUUAUUGAUUUUUGAUUUUCACAAAUUAUUUCAUAUUUUUAACUGACCAAUGAAGUAUUAAUUUGUAUAAAAUAUUGUAUACAACAAUAUUUGUAUAAAAAAACUAUUUUCUAAAUUUUAUAUUUUUUACUAUUUUUCAUAAAAUUAUUAUUUUACAUACAAAUAGCGUUUUUAUGUAAACAUUCGUUUAAUAUACCUUUACAUGUAUAUAAUGGAUUAUAAUGGAUUAUAUACUGCAUAAAUGUAUAUAUCGUAUCAUAAUAUCUGCAUAAUAUCGUAUCGUAACAUCAUAUUUUUUUUAAUCAUGAGUUCUAAAAAUAUUGUAAUUUUUUAAAUGUUUACAUUGCCCAUUCAAUUUGUGAUAAUAAUGACUAUGGUACACAUAUCAACUUUAGUUUUAGAUACACCCAAUAAAGUAUAAAAACUUAAUUUAUUUACAUGCGCACAUUAAAUCACUACACACAAUUAAAAUAAAAACGUAUACUUAUUGCUGUAGAAUGUAGAUUGUAUUAAUAUUUUAAAAAUUGGGCGUCGGGACUAGGCAAUUGAUUAGCUUUUACUGCUAUUAAUCAUUUUAUACUAUUGUUAUUUCUAUUCUGGGCGUAUAUUUUGAGCUGAAACAUACGAGUAUAAUAAUUAAGGUAAUCAAAAAAAUUAUUAUUCAUAGGGCCGUAGCUAGGAAUUUUCUAUGGGGAGUCCAGUUCCAUAGAUAGGAAUUGUAUAGAGGAUAUUAUUAUAAGAAAUUACAUUGAGUUAAACAUCAAAAUUGUGAGAAUAAAAUGUUAUAUUUUCAUGAUAACAUUAAGUCAAUUUUUCUCGGCUUCUUAGCUAAUUCAUUCAAUACUCCAUCGGGCGUGAUGACGAUAUUUUGGUAAUAACUUAAUAGCACUAUUCUAUUAAGACCAUCCUAUUUGACAAAAAAUUCAAUAAAUAAAAUGAAAUCAGAAUUAAUUGUGUAUACAUACUUCUUUCAUAUUGUUUCUGAGGUAAGUCUUAUUUAUUCGUUUUAUGCCAGAAAAAUAUCUUUCUGGCGUUAAAAUAAAAAUAGGUAGACUGCACUAUAUUUUUAGUAACAUAAGUAUAUUUGGCAAUAUGAUUGGGUCCAAUAGCAUCCAAUGUAUUAGAAGGCAGCAUUUCAUCAUUGCUUAUUACUAGCCCUUGGAGUUUUUGUUUCUAAAUUUGUAGCUCACAGUUAACUGUGACAGUAUCAUUUCAGGAAGAUAAAAAGAAAAUAGUGAUUCAAAGUCUUUUAUGUCUGUUGAAUUAGUGUCAUUAAACAAGCAAGUGCUGUCAACAGUCUGAAGUAGUAACGUUGUCAACGGCGUUAUCAAUUUCUAGUCUAGGCCGUCAAUGGACGAUGAUAAGACAUAAUAUAUUAUAUCAUGAUGUAGAUGAAAUUUAAAUAUUUACCAAAGAAUAAUUCUGUGCGAGUGUGUACCUAUACUAUUUACUAUAUAUUAAGUAUUUAUUCAGUUAAAAAAAAAAAUGGUUUAAAAAAUAAACAUUUUAAAUUUUAGAAUACAUUAGACAUUUUCACUUUUACAACUUUGUUAAAGGAGGGAUAAGGGUUAAACCCCUUAACUAUUAAUUAUCUAUUCAUAAUCGCUUAUAAUCAAUGGUAGCGCAAAUGUAUAUUAUUUGUGAAACAACAGUCAAUUAUUUAACCCAUUCACCGUACACUAAUUUAUUGAUAAAAUAUUCUAAAAUUAAAUUAAUUUAACUCUCCUUUUAUAAAAACAUUUAUGUUCAAGUCAACUCAUUUUACUUCCUAUUAAUCCUAUUUAAAUUUAGUUAUCUUACACAAAACCAUAGUUGGACCAAAGUUUUGGUAUCUAGAUUAGAAUCCCUAGAACUUCCUUUCGGGGACUCAGAUACGGUCAUAAUAUCAGGCCCAACGGCGAUUCUUUAAACUCAUAAAACUAUACCUUUGGGCGGACAUUGCUCAUAAUAUCAAAUUUUACAUAUAGCACCGAAUUAUUUUUCGUAUAAUACAGAUGUACAUUUCUAAUGAAAACAAUACUACGUCCAGAAGUGCUGAAAUUGAGUAUGAAUGUUUGCUGUUUUUUAAUCGAAACUAUACUGCAGCUUUGCAACGGAGGAUCAAAAGGAAAAUUGAACAUGACACCGAUUUUGAUAAUAGUCGAAUAGAAAUCACAAUGAGUAUGACCGGUAAUUUUGAAUAAACCAACAUUCGUAGUUCUUAUUUUCAGUAGACGAGAGCAGGAUAAUAAGAGAUUGGGUGAAUAAAUUACAUACAAAUUAUGUGUGUAUAGUGUUUCGUUUCAAUAAAUUUAAUCACCUAUAACUUGAUAAAAAAAAAAAAAUUCAUCGAUUAACCUCUGUUAUCAAUCGGGUGCAUAGAUUUUUUUUUAACAAAAAUUAUACCUAUUUAACACGAUACAAUUAUUUUAUCAUAAUUUGUAAUAUUGUUUAUCAACUUCAAAAAUCAUAGUAAGUUCAUAUUUUUUUCCUCGAAAAAUAAAGUUAAUUAUACAGCAGAAACGUAUAAAGUCUUUUAACUUAUGCAAGUUUAAUACGAGUCGUGUAUAAAUAAUUAUAACGCACAAAUAUGUGAAGUCACAAAUUAUUGUUGGCUAUUUACUCAUACAUAGAUUUAUAAAAUAUUGAGUAAUACAAUAUUAUGAACAUUUUUUCAUAAAAAUUUAAAAUUGUUAUUGUUGAUUUUCUUUUGGUUCAGUUUUACCAGCUACUGAGAAUAGCAGACAAGAUUAAAAUAAAUUAGUUUGCAUUAGCAAUAAUUACUACAUUGACAACCAGUAAUAAUAAUUAUAGUACCUAUUAUUAUCUAUACUAUCAUUAUGACGAUUUAUUAAUUUACCUAGGUACGUUGAAAAACUAUUUAUGUUUAUUUUUAACAACAUAGGUGGUACUAUUAAAAUUAUAAUAAUAUACCUAGAUGUAUGCCAACCAGGCUAUUUUUGACCUUGAAACAAUUCUCUAGCCUACCACCGCGGUACGAGUCUAUUAUUUAAUACUUUGUUAAAAUUAUAAUUUUAUCAUUAUUCGCGUAGACAUAUUAACUAUUUGUUUUUUUUUUUUUUUAUUAUAACAUAAUAUUAUAAUCUAUUGUACCAUAUAUGAUAAAAAAUAAUUAACCUGCUGACUAUUUAACUGACUAAAUUGAUACCUAGUGGUUUUCAAAUACCUAUUUUUUAAAACAUGGAAUUCAGAAGUAGUAAGUCGUGAUGUUGUCGUGCGAAGGGCCGCUACAACUCGCAAUACUCGAACAUACUUUCUGAAAUCUUCGUACCGAUUUUCAAUUUAAAAACGAUUUUAUUCUUAAAAUUCGUCAUAAUAACUAUGGGAAUGAGAAAAAAAUAACUAAUAUAGCUCAUGAGUAGGCCUGAGACUAAUACCGUAAACAGGAAGGGGAAAAGGUAGGAAAUCUAUAUAGGAUACCUAAUUCAGUACUUAUGUUUAAAAUGUUUUACACUGUUUACAAAAUCAUUAACGGGAUUCUUUAAUAGGUAAAAAAAACGGACAUACUUUGCACGACGAGGGGGGGGGGGCACUGUUGUAGGUGAGAAGUUGGGAAGGUAGGAUAUAGAGGAGAAUUUAAUUUAUAUCUCUACGCCACGUCAAACCAUUACUAACGAAAAAUUAUUGGGAGCAAAAUUCGGUUCCACAUGUUUUUAAAAGGCCGUAAUAUGUACGAUUUGAUAUUAAAAUUUUUAUUAAAAAAAAUGCCUACUACAUAACUCAUUUUUUUUUUUUUUUUACUACAAAGUAUGACUUUAUAACACAUAUUUAAUUUUCAUGCAUUCCUGUUUAGUGUAACAAUUUUAUCAUCAGAGUAAAUAACCGAAUAAAAAGCACGUAAAAGAAACUAGAAAAAUUUAAAUGUCUAUAAAUAGCUUAAAAUAGACACAAAUGGUUUGAAAAUUUAACCACAUCUAUAAUUGGGAAUCGUAAAUUUUCUGUCCAAAUUUCCAGUCUCUACAAAUAUUUUUAACUGAAUUACAACAAAUAACAAAAUUGAAAAAUAAUAUAAACAAUAUAUUCGUACAUUUCCCUUUUUGUUUACGUUUUAUCCUGGUUUUCCCAGAUAUUAUGAAAACCACUUAAAAAAUCAAAAAAUGUCCUCCCAAAAGUUCCAUCUGGGUAACAUUUCUUUUCAGAAAUGGUGCCGCGCAUGUAUAUCUGAGCAAGAUUUAUAAUAGAAUUUUUGUACACAGUAUAAAAAAAAUAAAAAUAAUCAUCUUAGUUAAACCAAUACAUUCUUUGUUACACUUAGAAUCAGAGUCUAAAAUACAUCAGAUUUCAGGGGAUACACUUUUUAAUUCAAUUGAUAGUUAAUAGAUUUUCAUAGCCAAAAAAAAAACCCCUAUGGCAGGGCGUAGCUCUUAAUACACUACUGUCAUUACUUACCUUACACUAGUGGUUCUCAAUCAUUAUUAAUUCAUGUCAACCCUUAUCGACUAUAAUCCAACACUAAGUCACCGUACCAAUGCAUAAUCCAUUGAAAUUAUAGGAUAUUCAAGUAACGGUAUCAUCAUUGAAAAUUUAGUGAUGAGGGAAUGUUACGUUGUUCGGACGGUGUUGUGGUUUUAUGAUAAUGACGGCAAUAAUACGAUUUUAUUCUAAAAAAUUAAAAGUUGUAUUAUCUUUUCCUCGAUUAUUUCAUGUCACCUCAUGUUACCUCUGCAUUUCAUUCAUAUCACCCUGGUUUAGAACCACUGCCUUACACAUUACUUAUGCUAUUUAUACAUAAUAAGUUGCUACAAUUUGAUACAUUAGAGCAAGGUUUCUGGUCGAAAAGUUGUUCACAGAACAAAAAAAUAUAUAGGUACAGUACAUUAUUAUUUACAUUAUUGUAAAACCAUUACAUUCCUCGCUACUCUCCGAAUCUAAAAGUUAUAAAGACUAGAACAGCCCUCUUAAUUUAUUCAUUAAAAUCAUGACCCUGAUUAUACCUUUUAGGGAUUUUUUUCAGAUGGCCAAAAAACAGAACACGUAAAAGAUAAACUAUUAAGACAUUACAACAAAUUUUUAUCGAACUACGCACGUGACGUGUCGACGGACAUUAAUUACAAGUACAUAAAGGUGAUUUGGUAUUGGUAUACUACGAAACAAUUUUUGAGUAGACAUUAUUUUGAAAUAUUGAAUUUGUUUUUUCCAUAGUACAACUACACGUUGGCGCAUGACGACUAUGCUGAAUAUUCGAUUUACAGACGAUAUGUAAAUUCCGGGUUAAUGAUCGUGUAAGUACCGACCUGUUGGUACAGAAAUUUAUUACCUACAAGGGCAUGUAGAGUAAAAGUUAAAAACCAAAAUAAGAGUACCUACCUAGGAGUACAUAUCUUAUCUAUACUCUCUAGGCCAAAAAUCGCGAGACGCACCCCCCUAGCUGCAUUGUGUAGGAUAAAGGUGAAGGCAACAGAACUAUAAUUAUUGGUUAUUAAUUAUUACUAUUCGUGUAUUUCUUUCGAGUAGAUACUCGAAGUACCUGGGUAUAAAUAUAGGAAAUACGUUUGAAACUUAUCCCAUAAUCUUAAACCUGUACGUAAUUAUAGUUUGACGUUCUUUUUCCACGCGUCGAUUGCCGUUCGACUGAUGCAAGUCGGCGGCGACUACUGUUAUUACGGACCGUGGAAGUGGCAUUUAUCCCGCAUCGCCGUCCAAGUACCGUUGGCCGUCGUUUGGAAUGCAUUUUCGGUUGCCUACAUACACGCACUAUACGACAUUAGUCCUCAUCGUUACUACGUGUUUUUGUGCUUGUUUCUCGAGAGCGUCUGUGGAAUACACCUAGGUAAAGAUAUAGAAUUUGAAAUUCGCUGUGUACUAUUGCGAGACGAAUUGGAAUCGAGAUUUAAAUUGUCAAUUUAG